AAACUUCACUCGCUGAAACAAAAAGUUUACCGCUGUGCCUAUAACAAAUGCUGUCAAGUUGACAGUUCUCAAAGUCAUUAUUACGUCUACUGUCAAUAAUCAAAGCUAAAUGUCAAUUCUUUCUGUUUAUUUUAAUGUGCAUUUUGCGUAAAUUACUUGAAACACAACAUAAAAAUAAGAGAAACUUAACAAUAAACUUACAAAAAUUGUGCUGUUGUAAUUCAGGUUUUCUAAAUGGAUGAUGACGACGUUCCAUCACUCUCUGCUGAGACAUUUGCAGCACUCCAAGAAUUUUAUGCAGAGCAAAAUAAACGAAAAGAGAUCUUGGAGAAACUAGAGUCACAGAAACAGUUGAAUGAAAAUAUAAUAUUUGAAGAAAAUUGGCAAUUAAGUCAGUUCUGGUACAAUGAUGCAACCGUGCAGGCACUGGUGAAAGUUGUUGACAAAUUGUUACCAUGCAAUGGGAAGGUGGCACUUAUAUCCUGCCCCACACUGUUUGUGCCAGUCAAGAGGCAUCUUGGAAAUAGGGCAAAUGUAACCCUUCUUGAAUAUGACAGAAGAUUCGAAGUGCAUGGAGCUGAUUUCAUCUUCUAUGAUUACAACUUACCAGAUAAGCUACCUGCAGAUUUAGAGCAUACCUUUGACCUGGUAAUAGCUGAUCCACCGUUCUUGUCUGAAGAAUGCAUAAGCAAAACAUCACAGACCAUACAGUUGCUAGCUAAAGAGAAAAUAGUUAUUUGUACUGGAGCUAUUAUGAAAGAAAAUAUAGAAAAAUUGUUAGGUUUGAAGCAAUGUGUAUUUCAACCACAACAUAGGAACAAUUUAGCAAAUGAAUUCUCCUGUUAUGCUAAUUUUGAUUUGGAUGAUGUGUUGAGAUGAAGUUUUUUUGAGACUGUUUUGUAUGUAUAUAUUGUUUUUUUAAGAAUAAAAUAAUUAAUAUUC